CAAAAACACACGCUCUAUGCGCUAACCGCACCACGCCAUGCAGCGCGAUUCCAUCAUUGGUCCUCCAAUAACACAGCCGCUAUGUCAGCGAUAUGGCGCUCUCAUCUGGUCUCUACUCGACGCCGGCCUGCACAAGUCUGCGCUCUUCUACGCGGAGCGAUACUUCGUUGAGGACGUCCAGAACCACGACGCGCGACACCUAUAUGCCACUGUGUUGAUCGAAGCCGGCCAGCCACAUUCCGCCCACAGACUAGUCAACGUGCCCGCGAAGGGGGCCGGCUGCACCGGCUGCCUCCACGUCCUCGCGCAAUGCUGCAUGAAGCUUGGGCGGCACAGACAGGCGCGAGAAGCACUGGAGGGCUGCCUGCGGGACAACUCGUUUGUACCGACGCGAUCCAUGGGCCAGCGCACGGCGAACGCGUUUCCGGAUGCCGCGGCCCUGUGCUGCCAGGCUGGGAACAGUGCGCUCAAGGGAAAUCUGCACGAGAGCGCCGCGAUGAGCUACCGCCAGGCGCUCGCGCUCAAUCCAAUGAUUUGGGAGGCGUUUGAAGGUCUUUGUGCAAUCGGCGAUGUCCCUCCUAUAGACAACCUCUUCCCUCCGCGACCGGAGCCGGUAUUGCAGAAGCCUGGGGAGGAGGGCCCCAGUAGACCUGUACCAGUUGCAACAGGUGCCGGAUUUUUCACGCCUGAAGCUGGCAGUGCCGGUAACCUCUUUCACGAUUGGAAGCCCGGCCUGAAGGCGAUGGACGCAGCCGCUGGACCACGAGAUUCGAUCGCGACCGCCGACUCCUCGUUCUACGGCGAGCCGUCAUUUCAGAUCCCCAUGCGCGCGAGCCGGUCUCAACCAGCCAACUUGGCGGUUCAACCACCAGCUGUGCGUCCCCUUUCUUCAGCCGAUGAGGCGGGCCCAGUGACCAAGAAGCUGCGGUCUACCGCACGGCAGCGGCCCGCGCCCCCCUCGACGGCCGCGGCGGACGCGCAUCACCUCAAACCGUCCAAGUCUGCUGGCGCGGUACCCUCGGCGGCAGACGACCGUCCGAAAAGCUCAAAGGCACGCGCACGCCCGGCCCUGACGAUUGCUAACCUCUUCUCAUCUCCCGGUCGCUCUGCUCAGAACGUCGCGGCGUCCUCUAGAUCCAUCGUAUUCGGUGCGGGCAAGGCAGCGGUGGGCGCAGCGACGCGGCGGAGUACGCGGCUGCAGAGCGGCACAGGCAAGCCACCCUCAAAGACUGCCACCCGUGAUCGACGUCGAGUGCCCACCAAGACUCGCUCACAAUCGCAGUCGCACGACUCGGGGCUCGAGGAGGAGCCCGGGGGCGCGAGUUCGGCGUUCGCGCCGGUAUCACCCAGCGUGCAGGAUGCACACUCGGAAGCGUCGCCGCCCCUUCCGUCGGCUGAGUGGACAGCGGAACGGGAGCGCGCUGCAAAGGAGGCGUAUGACACUGAGGUUGCCGACUACCAGAUCUACGAUGUGAUGCGCAAGUUCGCGAGUUCCGUGCGGGCACUAGCGUUGUACGAUUGCCGACUUUGUCUGAGCGAGCUGGAGAAGCUGCCUCACCAGCACCAGCGCUCGGCGUCUGUGAUGGCCAUAGUGGGCAAGGCGCACUACGAACUCGGGCAGUACCCUCCGGCCGAGCGUGCGUUCGAGGCCGUUCGGAUUCUCGAACCCUAUCGCCUGUGGGACAUGGAGGUGUAUUCGACGCUGCUGUGGCACCUGCAGAGGAACAUCCGGCUGUCAUUCCUGGCGCAAGAGCUGCUCUCCACAGACCCCAAGUCGCCGCAAGCGUGGAUAGCCGUCGGGAACUGCUUUUCCCUGCAGAAGGAGAAGGCGCAGGCAUUGACAUGCUUCCGGCGCGCAGCACAGCUGGACCCCACAUGUGCCUAUGCGUACACGCUCAGCGGGCACGAGUCGAUCGACGAGGACCUGAACAAGGCGAUCAACUUCUUCCAGUCCGCAUUACGUGCUGAUGCACGACAUUACAACGCCUGGUACGGCCUGGGGACGUGCUAUAUGCGGAUGAGCAAGUUACGUCUUGCCGACUACCACUUCCGGAAGGCGUCGGACAUCCACCCGCAGAACGCGGUCCUCCUGGGCUGCGUGGGCAUGGUGCGGGAACGGUACAUGAAGUACGACGAGGCGCUCGAGCUGUUCCACCGGGCGAUCCAGUUCUCGCCGGAGAACGCGCUGGUGCGAUAUCAUCGAGCGAAAAUCCUUAUCGCACUCAAGAGAUACACGGCUGCGCUCGAGGAUCUGCAGUACCUCAAGGACACGUCGCCCGAGGAGUCGAACGUGCUGUUCCAGCUCGCGAAGGUGUACCGGCUCACGGGCGACAACGUGAAGUUCACGCAGCUGCUCGCGGAGGUGCGCGACGUGGCGCCGAAGAGCCUGGCGAAGAUAAGGAGGCUGGCGGAGAGCAUCAAGCCGCAGGACGUGGGAGAGGAGGUGAUGGACGAGGGGUAGGGCGGCUGGCGGUUCUGGAAUUGCGUGCGUGUCAGAUUAAUGAUCUACCCCGACGGCCAGCGGGGCGCGGGCGCAUGUUCUACAUUCGCGAAGUUGGAUUUUUCACUUGUAAACCACAGAUAUGCGCCGGUGUACUCAGGUGA